UGAUUAGUUUUUUGUGGCGCUUACAUUGAAAAACGGCAUAUUAACUCAAUAAAAAGAAUACAAAACUAAAUUAAUUAAAAUAUUUUAGAAAAAUUACAAAAGAAUGCAAAUUCUAUUUUAAUAAAAUAAAAAAUUUCGAAAAUUUAAAAGAAAUUAUGGUGUUCAUUGUAGUAAAUUUAUAAUAAAAAUAGCUGAAAAUUUUGUGUUUUUAUGUUUUAAAAAAGUUACUGCUAAAAAUAUUAUGUGAUAUUUAAAAAAAAUAGUAAAAAAAAAAUCAAUGUCUAAUGAAAAAAAAUCACCGUUUGUGUUUGUUAAAUUAUAAUUUAAAAUAAUUAUGUGUGAAAAUUUUCUUUAAAUUAAUAUCUCAAGAAAAAUAUUUUAUGUUAUAUAUAAUAAUAUUUCAAUAAGUAGCAAAAAAAAUCUAAAUAUUUUGAUAAUAAAGGAAAAUUCCUUCAAAUACUAAAAAAACAACAACAACAACUAGAAAAUUAAACGAAUGCCGAACACCAAAAACCGAUUAUAAAGUGUUAUUUAACCAGAAAUAAAGAAGACAGAGAGUGAGAGAGAGAACAUUAAGCAUAAACAAAAAGCUCCCCUUUUUUUUGCCUUCAAUACAGAAAAGAGAGCAAAAUAGAUAAUAUGCAGGGAGCGCAGAGCAUAAAAUGUUGAAGAAGAAAAUAAGCUAAAGCCAUAAAAUAAUAGGCUCCAAUUACUAUGUACUCUAUACUAGGGGACGUUUUUACUAUUAUUUUGACGCAUUGCAGUUUGAAAUUUAAUAAAAAACAUAUAUAUAAUAAAAACAACAAACACAACAAUAAAAAUAAUUUAAAAUAAAUAUUAGACAAACAAAAUUCUUGUUUUUUUUUUCUAUGCUCAGCAAACAAACCCGUCUCGUCUACUCUCCUAUUAUAAAAUAUGUGUGUGUGUGUUUUUUUAUAACCUUGAGCAACAGCAACAAAACUACUACAAUAACAACAACAGAGAGUAAAAACUACAGCAAACUAGUAAAAUUUCAUUCAUAAAAAAAAUUUGUAAAAUAAAAAAUACUUGAAAACUACUACAACAAAUUUAAAUCUAAUAAAAAAAUAAUUAAAGAAACCUAGAAAAAAUUUGUUUAAAUUUGAAAAAAACAAUAUUGUUGUUUUACUCGUUUAAGCUAAAAAUAAACAACCGUUAACAUUUUUUUUGUUUUCGCUUUUUUCCGCUCUCUAUAAAAUUGUGUUUGUGUAUAACAGUACCCCAAAAAAACGUUAUAAUCUCUUUGUUUACAUCUCGAAAAUAUAUAACAAUAACAGCAACAAAAUAAAGAAAAUUUCCUAUUAUCAAUUAUAAUAAUAACAAAUAUGCAAUUUAUUGUUUAAUAAACAGCUAGAGCAAAAAAGAAAUUAAAACACCAAAAAAGAAAAAAAAAGAGAUCAAAAUAUAAUAACCACAAUAACAAAAACAAGCAAAAAAAGUAUACGCGUGUUAACCAUAAAAAAAUAAAACAAUAACAACAACAAAUCUAUUUGCACUGUUAAAAUUUAUAUUUAUUUGUGGUGUUAAGUUGAGUGUGUGUGUAUGUUUGUGUAUAUUGUCAUUUUUUUUUUGUGUUCAUAAACAACAACCUCCAGCAAAUUCUAGCUAAACUUGUUAGCCUAGCAUAUUGUUGUUGUUAUUUAUUAAAAAUUUAAACGAAAACAACAUAAAUUUAAUACAAAACUACAUAAAUAAUAAACAAAACAAAAAAAUUACCAAAAUAUUUUACUCUCUCGCUGCUCUCUACUUUAAUUAAAACUAAUCAAAACAAAAACUAGAAAAAUUUACAAAAAAAGUCGUCCUAGAAAUAAAUUUGAUGGGAAAAUUACAACUUUUAGAGAGUAACGGUCCACAACAACAGCCCACUAGUUCAAAUUGUAAUACAACCAAUAGCGCUCAGCAGCAACAAUAUCUAACAAAUUGCUGCAGCAGCACAAUGCCAGCAAUGCCCAAAGAAAAAGCCACAGCAGUAUCAUUAACCGAAAAUAAUUUUAGUGAAUUAAAAUAUAAAGAAUUAGCAACAUCCGCUGCAGUUGUAGCUGCUACUGCGGCCUCAGCAGCUGCGGCUGCUAUGGCUUCAACGGCCACUGCUGCCUCACCAGUUGUUAGUACUAAUUCACCUUUAACAACUGGUGGUAAUACUACUACAACAACAUUACGUCAACAAAAUUCCUCCACAUCUUUACAUCAACAGCAGCGUAAUUUAUGCGGUUGUGGUAAUGCAUCUGCCACAGAAGUUACUAUGAGAACUAAAUAUAUGACUAAUGGACACUCAUCACCCAUAGCAGCAGCUAUCGCUGGUGGUGGUCACAACUCUAACAAUUCACCCUCCUCCUCACCACAUCGUUUAUCCACAGCCUCAACAGUCAGUGGCUUUAGUAGUAAUAGCAGUACAUCUUGCUGUCGCAUACGUUUUAAUCAAACAGCAGCAACAGUUAAUGGUGAAACAAAUAAUAUGGAUUAUUCUACUACACCACCACCAUCAUCUGCACCCAUGUAUACCUUGUCAUCAACUUCCUCAAUAUCCUCUAACGCUUCCUCCGCCUCAGCAACAACAACAGCAAAUACCUUAAAUCCAAAUAGUUCAACACCACCAACACCUAUAGCCGUUACACCACCAAAGAAAUCACCCAAAGAUUUUAUAUUUGGCAAAUUUAUAGGCGAGGGCAGUUUUAGUAAUGUCUAUUUGGGUGUUGAUAUCAAUACAAAACGUGAAUAUGCAAUUAAAGUCUGUGAAAAACGCCAAAUUUUACGCGAACACAAACAGGAGUAUAUACGCCGUGAACGUGAAGUCAUGCAUAUGAUGACAAAUGUACCCGGCUUUGUUAAUCUCUCUUGCACCUUCCAAGAUGCACGUUCUUUGUAUUUUGUUAUGACCUAUGCCAAAAAUGGUGAUCUAUUGCCGUAUAUUAAUAAAGUUGGUUCCUUUGAUGUUGACUCAACACGCCACUAUGCUGCCGAAUUAGUAUUAGCCUGCGAACAAAUGCAUCGACGCAAUAUUGUGCAUCGUGAUUUGAAACCGGAAAAUAUAUUACUAGAUGAAGAUAUGCAUACCCUGAUAGCGGACUUUGGUUCGGUGAAAAUCUUAACGGCAGAAGAAAGACAACAGGCAAAUGCCUUUUUAUUGGCCGGUGGUAUAGAUUUAUCGAAAAAGUCUCGCAGCCAAUCGGGCGGUAGUAUUGGUGGUGGUUUGGUUAAUAGCGAUUAUGAUGAUGUUUUGGAUAGUCAAGAUGAUGAGGAUAAUGAUUCUUCAAACUCCUCAAAUGAUACGGGUAGUGGUGGUGAUGAAGUGGAUUCACCGCGUGCCAGAAGACAACAGCCACGUUAUCAUCGCAAGAGACGUGGCAGUUUUGUGGGCACUGCCCAAUAUGUUUCCCCCGAAGUUUUGCAAAAUUCUCCUAUUACCCCCUCAGCUGAUCUGUGGGCUUUGGGUUGUAUUAUCUAUCAAAUGAUGUCCGGCCUACCGCCCUUCCGUGGAGCCAAUGAUUAUGUCAUCUUCAAAGAGAUAAUAGCCUGUAAUUUAGAUUUUCCCCAGGGUUUCGAUAAAGAUGCCGAGGAUCUAGUCAAGAAAUUAUUAAAACUUAAUCCAGCCGAAAGAUUGGGUGCCCAAGACUUUAGUGGACGCUAUGAAAGCAUACGUUCUCAUCCCUUCUUUAAGAAUAUAGAUUUUGAUGCCGUAAGACAGCAAACACCUCCCCCCAUAUCACCCUUUUUGCCUGAUCUUAUUAAAGAAGAGGAAGAGUUUAAAAUCUGUGAAAAUUUAGAACCCGGUUUAGAUGAAAAACAAAUGACCCGCCUAUUGGGCAUGGAAUUGGGUUGUAUCAGUGAUGAUGAUGUUAGCGAUAAGAAAAAGACUGUAAACAAUAAAACCCCCAAAACGGUAACAAGAUCAUCCAACUCCUGUUCCUCCAAUUCAUCUAAUAGCACACAAAAAUCUGCCAAGAAUAGUUUUGAUUUAACGGAUGCCGAAAAGCAUAAACGUUUGGAAUUGCAAAAAACAGAUAAAUGGCAUCCCUUUGCCGAGGGUGAGGUCAUUUUGAAAAAGGGUUUCAUUAACAAACGCAAAGGCUUAUUCGCACGCCGACGCAUGUUUUUGCUAACCACUGGUCCCCGUUUGAUUUAUAUUGAUCCUGUGCAAAUGGUUAAAAAGGGUGAAAUACCCUGGAGCCCUGAACUAAGAGCUGAAGCCAAAAAUUUCAAAAUCUUUUUUGUUCAUACGCCAAAUCGUACCUAUUAUUUGGAUGAUCCCGAAGGUUUUGGUCUCGAAUGGGUGGCAGCUAUUGAAAAAAUGCACACCCUAACCUAUCGCGAACAAAUCAAUACCUCAACAUCAAAUAUGGCUGUAACAGCCGGCCAACAACAAACACCAAACUCCAAUAGAACGGCAAUUCAAACAUCCUGCUCUCCCUCAAUAACAAAAACUUCCUCAGCCAUAUCCGCGUCAUCCUCAACAACAUCAUCAACAUCAAGAACAAAUACGCCGCAUAAAACAUCUUCGCUAUUGGCCAAACCCAUAACGCUGUUAAAAACGGCUUCAAAUUAAGCAAAUAAUGAAGAACACAGGAGCGAAAUCCAAUCAUUUUUACAAAAUGCAAAACGAUAAGCAAUGGAUGUUGAAACAAACAAACAAAUAAAACAUAAAAAGUGUAAAAGAAAUUUAGCAAAAAAAAAAAAAAUAGUAAAAAGCAAAAAACCACAAAAAC